AACAUUAUUAUCCUGUGGUAUGACAGACAACAAAUGGUAUGAGCAUGCAUUAGUGCGUGUAUGUGUCUGACAGAAAUGGGGUGUGUGCUCUACUGUGUGAAAAUGAGAGAGAAACUAACAUUCUCCAUCACGUACCCUCCCUUACCUUUUCCUGCUGCUUUGGGCUCUUUAUAAGCCACAGCCAGUGGUGUCUGUCAGCCUCAUUAUCACCUUGUCUUGGCUCGGGGGAAUUAUACAGCCCUUCUGAAACAGACAAACCGCAGUUUGUAGAACUUAAGACACAGAGAGAAGGAGCUGUCAUUAUUAGUUUAGGACGACUCUAGGUGCAGGAUGCUUCUGUGUUUAAACCUCAUGCUGCUGAUUUCACUGCAGACGGCUUGGUCAAGUCCACUGACCACACCAUCCAGAGGUUGCACUGCCUGCAAAACAAAGCCUUCACAGAGUCACUCGACACCAUCCAAUGGCUCUGCUCUCGCCCUCGGCGCGUCAUGUGGGGUCUACACUCAGGGUUGUGCUCCCGGUCUUCGAUGCGCGCCACCAGAGGAUGAACCCAGGCCUCUCCGUGCCCUGCUGGAAGGCAGAGGAGUCUGCAGCGCUUCCAGCAGUCCUAGCCCGACUACAGUGUUCAACGGGGCCGAUGCAACAGCCACCGACGAUCCGCAGGAGGCACCGUGUCGUAAACUGCUGAAUACACUGAUCAAAGGUCUGGAGGCCCAUUUAUUUAAGUUGCACCAUGAUAUCUAUAUGCCCAACUGUGACAGGAGGGGCUUCUUCAGAAGGAAGCAGUGUUGGUCGUCUCGGGGAAAGCAGCGCGGCAAGUGUUGGUGUGUGAACGAGAACGGCAUGCCGGUCACUUCAGUCGCCAAAAACAAAGGCAGCCUGAGUUGUUAAAACGCACACAGACGGCUGUGAAGUGAACGGAGGCUGACGCUUCAAAAACAGUCUGAUGUUUAAGGAAGAUGAAGGAACAGCCAGCAUCGAGGACACCUCCCACUCCACUCUCCAUCAGCCAGCAGCAGCUUCACACCACGAAAAACAACAACAACAACAACAUUGUCUCCUAGCGCCCUCUACUGAACGUACUUUAGGCUACAAUGAUGUCGACUGUCAAUUUGCUUUGCACAUAUUUUUCUCACACGUUCUAUCUACACAACUGUCUGAUGUUUUACAGUAACAGCUGGGAAAGUGUUUGGUUUAUUUGUGAAAGAAAUGUCCAUUUACACACAGUAUAACUGAGUAUUUUGUAUGCACUCAACGUAACUAUUUAUAUUUUUUUUCAGUUUUUCUACCUUAAAACCACUAAAACGAUAUUACUGUAAUAUUUGUACAUAAUCCAAUGUUCCCCUUAUUUAUGUUACUUUAAUAUAUUUUUAUUUAUCAUGACAUUUCUGACAAUUUGGAUCAUCCACAAGAGUAAACAACUAUGGUAUUAUUUAAAAUCCUCAUGUUUUUUUUUCACAUACAACUAUAUUGCAGUUAUUCUUCAUCAUCAGAGAAACGGAUGUACAAACCUACAAACAAAUGACAGAUACAAAUAAAUAGUAUAACAACAAGACCUGAGAAACAAUUCAUGUUUUUGUCUGCUAAUGCUAUGCUAAA